GACGAGCGGCCAGCCGUCCAAAGGUCCAAGCCCAAAAAUAGUCCCAAAAAUCAAAACCCGAAAUGCAUCUCCGCGACCCACAUACCAGUCAACAGCGGCACAGCAACCACGCAGGCGCUAAUCGGCCCCCAUUCGUUCCACUUCCUUCGUCCAGGUUUCUACCUUUCCCCUUUUUAAGUUCUUUUCUGUAAUUUCAAAUUUUCAGUUCCAUUUUAGGCUUUAGCUUCUUGAAUCUUGAUAUUCAGUUCCUGUCUUCUUAGAGUUGGGGGAUUUGGUUUUGUUUGAAGUACUGAACAGGCUAAGCCCCCCCUGAACUCCCUGAAGUUGUUGUAACUGCCUGUUUGUUGUGAGGGCAGAAGCACAAAAUGCAUUCUGCCGGGUUCAGAGCCAAUGCGUUGCUAACCUUCGCCGUCACCAUCCUGGCGCUAAUGUGCGCCAUUGUCUCUUUCUCGGACAAUUUCAACUCUCCCACUCCCAUAGCCCAAGUCCAGGUAUUGAACAUCAACUGGUUCCAGAAAAAACCCGACGGCGAUGACGAGAUCAGUUUGACACUGAAUGUAUCGGCAGAUUUGCAGUCACUGUUUACCUGGAAUACGAAACAGGUUUUUGUAUUUUUGGCAGCUGAAUAUGAAACUCCAAAGAAUGCCUUGAAUCAGGUUUCAUUGUGGGACGGUAUUAUACCUGCUAAAGAGCAUGCAAAAUUUUGGAUCCACACCAAAAAUAAGUACAGAUUCAUCGAUCAGGGAAGCAAUCUCCGUGGUAAAAGUUUCAACCUUACAUUGCAUUGGCAUGUUAUGCCAAAGACAGGCAGAAUGCUCGCUGACAAACUUGUUAUUCCUGGCUUCUUCUUGCCAGAGACAUACAGAUGAGUCUGGUGUUUUUCCCAUUGCUCAUUUCUAAUGUAAUUUUUAGCCCCAUCACUUGAUGGAAUGAGGACAGUUUCCAAGCCACUAGGUUGGAACGAAAGGUUAAAGGAUGUGCAACAACAGAACUUCAUUGGCAAUCAUAUCACUAAUUUAUCUAUAUUGCAUUUAUUAGUGUUAUAUCAGAAAAAGAAAAGAAAUACUCCG